UUAAGCUAUUUUUGGUAGUUAUGAGUUUAAUUUUUACUUAAUUAUUCCAAUGUCUCUGAUUGUUUGUAGACCACAAAAGCUCUCGACAUGAAGACAAUGGAAGUGGAGUCGAUGAAGGCCGAGUUGGCAGCGACCGAUGGGCAAUUCGAGGACUGGGUCAGGGAUGUGAAGGAUUGGGCAGAAACAACAACCAGCAGCACAACAGACGCUGCUGCUUCCUUGGCCAGGAAGAUAGAGACGCUGGUUGUGAGUGUAAAAAGACGCUCCCAGCGACUUUACAAAGAACAGGACUCAAACAAAGGUCGCGCAAGGACACGCCGGAAGAUCAGGGAGGAGAAAGGGAUCUUGACUGCUGCUGUUCAGCAGUACAACGGAAUGGUUCCGAGCACAGAAACUCUGUGCUUUGAAACCAUUCUGUCUGAAGAGACAGCUUGGCCAUGGCAGCUACCUGGCAAUGACUCUGUCGACCUCAGGACGAAGAGGAGAGUUUUUGACGGUGUCAUGGCGGAACGGAGACUAAGGGAAGAAAAAAAGAUCCUUUUGUUAGAGAUGAACCGCCACUGGAGGUCCUUAACACUUCGUGGGGAUUCCUUAAAAGAGCUGAUUUGUAGCACAACAAUGCCAGAUUCACAGUGGGCUUUGACUGUGGAAGGAAUGAAAGGUCUGCAGAGCAUCGCCAAACAGAAGCUGCAUCGUGUCCGGGAAAUGAUGGCUUUGGCGAGACAAUGCUACCUCAAAGUUUUGACUGGAGCGGAGAACGUCCUUCCAAUCUUUUCAGAUGUGUAUUCCGACAGUGACUCUGGCUCUGACCUUGAGGAUCUGGAGUGAACAGGAAGUGAAAAUGGUUGUGAUGUUGUGUUCAAUAUUAAAAUAGAUGUUGAACUCG